AUGUUUGCUGCUGAGGAGAAUGUGGAUUUUCGGAUACACGUGGAGAACCAGACGCGGGCGAGGGACGAUGUGAGCAGGAAGCAGCUCCGGCUCUACCAGCUCUACAGCAGGACCAGCGGGAAGCACAUCCAGGUACUCGGCAGGAGGAUCAGUGCCAAAGGAGAAGAUGGAGAUAAAUAUGCCCAGCUUCUAGUGGAAACAGACACUUUUGGCAGUCAAGUCCGGAUCAAAGGGAAGGAGACAGAUUUCUACCUUUGCAUGAACAGGAAAGGCAAGCUGGUGGGGAAGCCUGAUGGCACCAGUAAGGAGUGUGUCUUCAUUGAAAAAGUCCUAGAAAACAACUACACGGCACUGAUGUCUGCGAAAUACUCAGGCUGGUAUGUUGGAUUCACCAAAAAAGGGAGGCCACGGAAAGGGCCCAAGACCCGGGAAAACCAGCAAGAUGUACACUUUAUGAAGAGAUAUCCAAAGGGGCAAAUGGAGAUACAGAAACCUUUCAAGUACACAACAGUCACCAAGAGGACUAAGAGAAUACGACCCACCAACCCCAGCUAAAAAUAGACAAAAACAGUGUCACAAUAAGAAACCACAAAAAGGAAAAAAAAAAACUGCACCAGAGGAAUAUUUUUACAUUAAAAAUAAGGAAGAAGUUCUAUUUUUGUACAUUGUGUUUAAAAAAAAAUAAAAAUAAAAAAAAAUAAUAAAAGACUAGAUGGCAAAUGCUGGGGAAAGCUGUUCGGGAUUUAUUGUGACUUGAAAAAUGAAAUGAACUGCUCUAUUUAAAUGACUUCUUGUUGUUGAUGACACACAGGUGCUUAAUUUUUUUUAUUUUAUUUUUUUUUCCCCGGAAAGGACAACUUCUGAAGCAUAUCCCCAGAGGGAAAAAAAAUUAUUAAAAAUAAAUAAAUAAAACCAAAGAAAACCAAAGUUCUUUCCCAAAGUUCCUGAGAGCCUGCCCCGCCAGUCGGGCGGGCAGUAAUUAUUUAUUGCCUGCUGCCGCCAGCCAGGCCAGGCUGGAGCUGCAGGGAUGAGCCCAGGAGCUCUGGCACCGA